CUGUGAGUGUGAGAGACGUGAAUCACGUGACCAGGACCCAGUGUUCUCUUCUCCUCCCUGUGAUUACUCAACAGACAUUGGGACACUUGAAAGGAAAUUGCAACAUGUGCUAAACUCUCCACAGAAGAGGAAGUCAGAGCCUGAGGAGGACACGUCUGAGACCAGUGAGACAACCAUGUUUUUACAGGAGCGUCUUCAUGGGACCUGACGAGGGUUGAUGUUUGACAUCUUCUUCUUCUUCUUCUGCUGCUGCUGCUGCUGCUGCUGCUGCGUUUCCACUUCACACCGGCGCGGGACACAAGCGCUGAGUCACUGGUCCAACCUCCGUCUGCACGCAAGGGUCAAAGGUCAGACUUCCUCUGCCGCCGCCGCUUCAUCUCAUCCACUCAUCCUUCGUCCUCUGAGCCAUGGAUCUGAAUCUGAGUCUCCUGCUCUUCUGUGGAUUGUUUGGGAUCGGUACAGGAUUUGUGCAAGGUGAGGCCGAGGAGAACUGCACCAACUACAAGCUCCAGUUUGAAAGGGUUUUCUCGGUCCCCGGAGACACGGCGAUGCUCAACACCACGCUGGUGUCUCCAGGAGUCUUUGACUUCAACUCGGUCCCGUACAACAUCACCUGGUACAACUCGGGCCAAGUAAUACACAACCAGACUGGACGGGUCCUGGUGCGAGGGGAGGCUCUGUGGUUCCUUAAUGUCACGCUGGACGAUGACGGGGAGUACGUGGCCAUACUGAGGACACCUUUUCAUUGCUACAAUCAGUCCACCAGGCUGAGGGUUGACCUGCCCGUUGCUGGACAGUGUGGAAGACCAUUGAAGGCUGAACAAGCACUAACAAAGAAAGCCAAUGACAUCCUCUCGUGCCCACUGAAGGACUACAUCAAAAAACUCAACAGCUACAACAUCAAUUCCUCGCUCACGUGGUACAGAGGUUGUCAGCCCAUAGAAGAUCAGGCGACAGGGCAGUACAUCUACAGGGACAAGACCACACUGAUGAUUAAAGGGGUGGACGAUGACAACAAUCACGCCUACACCUGUACUUUAACCUUCAACCUCGGAGGAAUCAAAGGAUCCGUGUCAGAGACGAUUCUGGCCAAUGUCAGAGAGGAGUACUCCAUGGCUCCACAGCUGCGUGAACCAACCAAUACAACACUCAGUGCACACAUUGGUUCCAGUCUCAGCCAACCCUGCACCGUCUUUGUGCCGGGUAUUGGAAUGCCCUUCAUCGACAUUCUUUGGUGCGCCGGAAAGAAACUCAUCAGAUCGUACGAUCCCUCUGACCGUAUCUACAUCAACGAAACAAAAUCUUGGCAGAUGGAAGACGGACCACAUAAAGGCUGGUUGUUGGAGGUUGUGCUGACAAUUACUGAGCUAAGGGAGGAAGAUUUCUUCAUUAACUACAUGUGUCAAGCGCAGAGUUCCCGGGGGCAUCCUAAAGCAUAUUUCACUCUGCUACCAGCAGAUCCAGACCUCAGGCUUCCCAUCGGGUCCGUGUUUGUCUGUGUGACGUUUCUCUUCAUCACCAGCGUCACAGUCUACUACCUUUUCAAGGUGGAUAUUGUGCUGUGGUUCAGGAGAGUGUUUCCAGUCCUCUAUGCGAAUAAAGACUCAGAUGGGAAGCUGUACGACGCCUACGUGGCCUACCCACAACCCCGAGCCAUCGGAUUCAGCGAGGAGGUGGAGACCUUUGCCCUUCACACGCUGCCGCAAGUGUUGGAAAAGUCCUGCGGCUACAAACUGUUCAUAGCAGGUCGUGACUGUCUGCCCGGGGAGGCCAUAGUGGACACGGUGGAGGAGAACAUCCAAGCCAGCCGCCGCCUCCUCCUCCUCUACACCGCCGCCACCUUCGCCAGCAAGAAAUACACGAGCAGCAGCAGCAACAACAACAACCUCUCCAAGAACAACAACAGCAGCGAAGGAGACGGCGGGAGCGGCGAGGUCUUUGACGAGGACGGCGGUGAAGUUCACCGAGACACGAGGCAGCAGCUGGAGUGUGUGGCGGCCAUGCACAGGUCGCUGCUGGAGAGAACGCUCAAGGUGGUUCUGGUGGAGUUGGAGGAGAUCAGCCCGGCUCAGCUGGCUCUCUUCCCAGAGUCAGUGCGUCACCUGAGGAAGAAACAGGGUGCGGUUUGUUGGUGGAAAGAGGGGAGGAAAAGUCAAAGGUGGUGGACGUGCGCACGGACGAGAGCGGCGGACGAGGAGAAGACAGGACAGGACGCCCAGACCUCGCCGGCGCCGUCCCUCUCUCCUUCCUCCAGGUUCUGGAAGAAGAUCCGAUAUCACAUGCCGGUGAGAGGCAAGAGGGCGACGUACCCGGAGACGACUGCACUGCUGAACUUAUGACGAGGAUACGACAUGUUCAGAGGAGCUGGUUUCUAAUGCAAAUGUCUGGUAAGGAAUCCUCGUCACACACCGGCGAUUCAGAAACACUGCGAGAGAGCGCGGUCCACAGCCGAGGAGCUUUCAAAGCCAGCAAACGGACCAAGUAGAAGACACUUUCUGAAUGAAAACGGAAGUCCUGAAAAACUAGACUGUGUACAGAGAAUGGACAGAUUCUCCAGAUCCAGAACACCUGUGUUCUCUUGAAUGACCAUUAGGGGGCGACUCCGCUGGCUGAAGUCGGUUUGGGAUGUAAGACUAUGAGAAAACAAGCCUACCUCUCACUUGAUUUAUGACUUGAGUUAACAUUUCCCCAGAAGUUUGUGGUGUCAUGCUGCGUUCCAUUUAUUGUCAGAACUCGGAAUUUCCAAAGUCAUGUGAACACCGGACCUCCAACUUGGAAACUCGGCCGGAGCAACCUUGCAUACCCCGAGUCAGGAUUCCAAGACGA